CUACAGAGAAGAAGAAAGCGGGGUUCACAGUUGAAGUUGUAAUUGGUUCCGGUGUAUCUGGGGGUCACACAGAGGGUUAAAGAAAAGACUUCAAAAAUGCUGUUGCAAAGAGUGUUGCGCAUUGGAGGCUUGACGCUGAAACACAGCCGGUCCAUCCACCACAGUCCUGUAUGGAGGAGUCCUCUUAUACCCAUGGUUGUGGAGCAGACAAGAGUGUUGCGCAUUGGAGGCUUGACGCUGAAACACAGCCGGUCCAUCCACCACAGUCCUGUAUGGAGGAGUCCUCUUAUACCCAUGGUUGUGGAGCAGACAGGGAGAGGAGAAAGAGCAUAUGACAUCUAUUCCCGCCUCCUGAGAGAGAGAAUCAUUUGUGUAAUGGGUCCUAUCGAUGACACUGUAGCUAGUCUGGUUAUCGCCCAGCUGCUCUUCCUACAGUCAGAAAGCAACAACAAGCCCAUCCACAUGUACAUCAACAGUCCUGGCGGUGUGGUGACAGCAGGCCUGGCCAUUUACGACACCAUGCAGUACAUCCUUAAUCCCAUCUCCACCUGGUGUGUUGGCCAGGCAGCCAGUAUGGGCAGCUUGCUGCUGGCGGCCGGAACGCCGGGCAUGAGGCAUUCACUGCCCAACGCCCGCAUCAUGGUUCACCAGCCUUCAGGAGGCACCAGGGGCCAGGCCACAGACAUCGCCAUCCAGGCUGAGGAGAUCCUGAAGCUGAAGAAACAGAUCAACGUCAUCUACGCCAAACACACGGGCCAGCCGCUGGAAACCAUUGAGGGUGUGAUGGAAAGGGACCGCUACAUGGGCCCCAUGGAGGCGCAGGACUUUGGCAUCAUCGACAAGGUCCUGAUCCACCCGCCCCAGGCCGGCCAGGACGAGCCGGAGCUGGUGCAGAAAGAGCCGGCGGGGGCGGCCAGCGCCCCCCAGCAGCCAGAGAGCGCAGCCCCCGCGCAGGACCUCCCUGGGACAAACCCCCCCUCCUCAUACAAACCUGAGCCAUGAAGCCACGUUAACAGUAGAGAGCGCUGGUGGUUUGAUACCCGACAGUUAGGGAAGAACAAGGCGGGCGCUUCCAUGAUGUCUUCUUUCUCCCCCCCUCCUCCCCCUUAAGCAACACUGUGCCAUCUCCACACGUGCGCAGGCAUCAUGUUACAGUGGUCAUCUGGAGUGAACCCAAUGUUUGCUACACCUUUUUUUUUUUUUUUUUUUUUUUUUUAAACAUUUUUAUUACUGUUAAGAUGUAGAAAUAAAAGUCAAAGAAAUGAUGGCUGAAGUUAGUCGUCACUCACAUCUGAAGGGAACUAUAGUAUUUCAGCUAGGGCUGCACGAUAUGAGGAAAAUAUGGGAUAUGCCAUAACGUUGUGGAAUAUCACGAACGAUAUUACUUGCGAUGAAUACAGAUGUUAAAAUGUACUCAGUUCUGCCUUUCUGCUGCUUUCAUUAAUAAUUAAUUUUGUUGAAUUAAAAAUGGUUCUUUUAUAGAACAAAUUGAACAUCGGAUUGAAUAUGAAACACUAAGAAAAGAAUGGCAGUGACAUUCUAAAGUGCAGUAUCUGUAGAAAAUAAGUACUCUUCUUUUAACCAAUUUCAAAACAUCUCGAGUGUCCUGAUUUGCCGCAGUGUGUUUAUCGCACAAGUUGAUAUUGCGAGGACAAUUUAAAAAACAAAAUAAUGUAUUGUGCAGCCCUAGUUUCAGCUGACUUUUGGGUUAGUGCUCGCAGAGUGAACAGCACCGCGUGAUAAAAGGUCGAUGGUGUUAUUCGGGGGGAGGGGACGCCUGCUUGAGACUACGGAGCCAUCUCGUUCUGUACCUCCGUGCUGCAGACACAGCCGGCCACUGGAAGAGUGUAGAUGACCUGUAUGACCUGUAUUUCAAUACUCAUAUUUGUAAUUAAUAAAAAUGUCCACAACUCACCAAA